AUGUCUGCCAUUUACGAGGAAAACAAGGAUGAAGAUGGAUUCCUUUACAUGACUUACAGUGGCGAGAACACAUUUGGCUCCGUAGAAGUGCUAUACCUUGUCCCAGCUGAUUUAACUAUCGGGCAGUUUGUUUAUGUGGUUCGAAAGAGGAUUAAGCUCGGUGCUGAGAAGGCUAUAUUUGUGUUUGUCAAGAACAUGCUACCUCCCACAGCUGCCUUGAUGUCUGCCAUUUACGAGGAAAACAAGGAUGAAGAUGGAUUCCUUUACAUGACUUACAGUGGCGAGAACACAUUUGGCUCCGUAGAAGUGCUGUGA